UUAAACUGAUUCUCCGCUGGUGGCGAGACCUGGACGCAGAAUUUAUAACUACAAUGAUUAGAUUCUUGAAAAAUUAUCUUUUUUUGUUUACAAUUUAAUUACGUUUUAAUUGUUUCACUCGCUUUGAUUUUUGUUAAUUUCAUUUCUGUUAGGAUGUCACAAAGAGCGAAGGUCCUGGAUUUGUACAAAAGACUUCUCUAUAUGGGAAUUGAAUGGCCUCAGGGUUUCACUCAUUUUCGAGAUCGAUGUAAACGUUCAUUUCUCAAUAAUAAGGAUUUAAAUGAUUCAACAGCGGUUGAAAAGUGUCUCCAACGUGGUGAAUAUGUGAUCAAAGAGAUUGAAGCUUUGUAUAAGCUUAAAAAAUAUCGAGCACUUAAGAGAAGAUAUUACAAAGAUUGAAUAUUUUUCUAUGUGUGUGUAGUUAUUAUCACUUGUUGAUUAUUAAUUGAUUGACCGAGUAUUUACUUCAUGAGUUUUGAAAUAUCCGUUCAAAAUUAUAAAUCUUACUUUUUCAUGUAUUUACAAUUGUAGUUAUUUUUAAAUAUAUAACAAAAGAAGUUAUUUACAUCAAGAGAUCCAUCAAUCUGCUUCUUUGAAGUUCAUUGAUAUUUAACUUUUUACCACCAUUACCACCUUUUAAUAAAAAGUUUAAUUGUUUCAA